UUUCAAAGAGGAAAAAUAAAGGAAAGCAGUUUGUAGAGAGAGAGGAGAGGAAAAGAGAGAUUGUAUGUGCGACUCUUGAGAAAUAGAAAGGACCAAACCAAACCCUAGAUUUCUUUCUUGUGCAGAUAAAAUUUCCAUUUUAUUUUUAAUAUUCGAUUUCAGAUCCAAAGAGAAAGAUACAAACUUUCUUUCUUCGUUUCAAAGCUGAGAUCCUGCCAAAUUAUAGUCAUUUCUGAGGGAAAACAAUCUGAGAUCUUUUGAUAGUUUCUGAGUUGUAAAGGGUUGUCAAAAGAAGAGAGCGAAGAUGAUGUCUAGAUCGUAUACCAAUCUUUUAGAUCUAGCCUCUGGUAACUUCCCGGUAAUGGGUCAACCCCGUGAAAAGAAACGGUUGCCUCGUGUAAUGACCGUUCCUGGGGUCAUUUCUGAGCUUGAUGACGAUCAGGCCAAUAGCGUAGCCUCGGAUGUGCCAUCUUCGCUGGUUCAGGACCGUAUAAUCAUUGUGGCCAAUCAGCUACCAGUGAAAGCUAAACGCAGACCAGAUAAUAAAGGAUGGGGUUUUAGCUGGGAUGAGGACUCGUUGUUGUUGCAGUUAAAAGAUGGCUUGCCAGAAGAUAUGGAAGUUAUAUAUGUAGGUUCCUUGCGGGUGGAAGUUGAUUUGAGUGAACAAGAUGAUGUGUCACAGCUUUUAUUGGAUAGGUUCAAGUGUGUGCCGGCAUUUCUGCCCCCUGAUAUUUUGUCCAAAUUCUAUCAUGGGUUCUGUAAGCAACAUCUGUGGCCUCUUUUCCACUAUAUGCUUCCCUUUUCAGCUAGUCAUGGUGGGCGAUUUGAUCGAUCUUUGUGGGAGGCAUAUGUGGCUGCAAAUAAGAUCUUUUCUCAAAGAGUGGUUGAGGUUUUAAACCCAGAGGAUGAUUAUGUUUGGAUUCAUGACUAUCAUUUGAUGGUGCUACCCACAUUUCUGAGAAGAAGGUUUAAUAGAUUGAGAAUGGGGUUUUUCCUCCACAGUCCAUUUCCAUCAUCUGAGAUAUAUAGGACUUUACCUGUGAGGGAAGAGAUCCUUAAGGCUCUGUUGAAUUCUGAUCUCAUUGGCUUUCACACAUUUGAUUAUGCACGUCAUUUUCUCUCUUGUUGCAGUCGAAUGCUGGGUUUGGAGUAUCAAUCAAAGAGAGGUUAUAUUGGGUUGGAGUAUUAUGGAAGGACAGUUGGAAUAAAGAUCAUGCCAGUGGGGAUUCACAUGGGUCAGAUUGAGUCAGUUUUGAGACUUGCAGAUAAGGAAUGGAGAGUAGGAGAGCUGAAACAGCAGUUUGAAGGAAAGACUGUCCUACUCGGGGUUGAUGACAUGGACAUAUUCAAAGGUGUCAAUUUGAAGCUAUUGGCAAUGGAACAGAUGCUGAAGCAGCAUCCGAAGUGGCAGGGGAGGGCGGUCUUGGUGCAGAUUGCUAACCCUGCUAGAGGAAAGGGGAAAGAUCUUGAGGAGAUACAGGCUGAAAUACAGGCAAGCUGCAAGAGAAUUAAUGAAACUUUUGGUCAACCUGGGUAUGAACCAGUUGUAUUCAUUGAUAGGCCAGUAUCCCUCAGUGAAAGAGCUGCAUACUAUACUGUUGCAGAAUGUGUUGUUGUGGCAGCUGUGAGGGAUGGAAUGAAUCUUACUCCUUAUGAGUACAUUGUGUGCAGACAGGGUGUAUCUGGGUCAGAGUCUAGUUCUGAAUCCAGUGGGCCCAAGAAGAGCAUGCUGGUUGUAUCAGAGUUCAUUGGAUGUUCUCCUUCACUCAGUGGUGCGAUUCGGGUCAAUCCCUGGAACAUUGAAGCAACUGCUGAGGCGAUGAAUGAGGCAAUUUCAAUGUCUGAAUCUGAGAAGCAGUUGCGCCAUGAGAAGCAUUACAGAUAUGUCAGCACACAUGAUGUGGCAUACUGGUCAAAAAGCUUCUUCCAAGAUAUGGAAAGAACUUGCAAAGACCAUUUUAGAAGGCGUUGUUGGGGGAUUGGCUUCAGCUUUGGUUUCAGGGUUGUUGCACUUGAUCCUAAUUUCAGAAAGUUAUCUACCGAUGCUAUUGUCUCGGCUUAUUUGAGGUCCAAAAACAGGGCUAUAUUGUUGGACUAUGAUGGAACUGUAAUGCCUCAAACAUCCAUCAAUAAGACUCCAAGUCAAGAGGUCAUAUCUAUAAUUAAUGCUCUGUGUGGUGAUGUGAAGAACACUGUUUUCAUUGUAAGUGGUAGAGGAAGGGAAAGUUUAGGCAAGUGGUUUUCUCCUUGCAAGAAGCUUGGAAUCGCUGCUGAACAUGGCUAUUUUAUAAGAUGGUCUGUGGAUGAGCAAUGGGAGACUUGUGGACAGAAUAGCGACUUUGGAUGGAUUCACAUAGCAGAGCCUGUCAUGAAGUUAUACACAGAAUCAACUGAUGGCUCUUCUAUUGAGACCAAGGAGAGUGCCUUAGUUUGGCAUCAUAGGGAUGCUGAUCCAGGUUUUGGAGCCAGCCAGGCCAAGGAGAUGUUGGACCAUUUAGAAAGUGUGCUAGCAAAUGAACCUGUUGCUGUAAAAAGUGGUCAGUUCAUUGUGGAAGUAAAGCCACAGGGAAUCAGUAAAGGGUUUGUUGCAGAAAGGAUCUUUACAUCAAUGGUUGAAAGGGGAAAGCAGGCUGAUUUUGUAUUGUGCAUAGGUGAUGACAGAUCAGAUGAGGACAUGUUUGAGAUCAUUGGCAACGCAACAGCAAACGGUGUUCUAUCCUCGAGCACAUCUGUUUUUGCCUGUACUGUUGGACAAAAACCAAGCAAAGCCAAGUACUAUUUGGAUGACACAACUGAGGUCAUAAACAUGCUUGAAGCUCUUGCAGAAGCUUCAGAUUCAUCACCCUCUCCAGGAAAUUCUCCAUGAAUUACUCCUUUGCAGCAUUAUGAAAUUGCAGCUCCGUAAGCAAUCAGGAAAAGUAUAAAAUGCUGGCCUAUGAUUCAAGUGCCUUAAUGGAAGAGACAUCGAAACGAUCUGCAUUGUUGGUUAUCGCAGCCAGUUGGAGUAAUUUCAAGUUUGCUUGGAGUUUUUCUUGUGACAAAAACAGUGAAUUCAACAGUUUGAAAUGGGAUUGUCGCCUAGGGAAAGACACAAAAUUUUUCUUGUGAGCUCAGACGUGUAGAGGAUUAGAGAGAGACUGGAUUUAUACAUGGAGACUGACAUGGAGUUGUAAGAAAUGCCAAAAUAAACUUUGCAUGUAAAGGCAACCUUUGUAGGACCACAGACAUCAUGUGGUGGCUUGAAAAUACAGCUGAAUUCUUGCCAGGAUGAAGUAAUUCUGAUGGUUGGAAGUUGAUGGGAUAACAUAAGCAGAUAUAUCAGCUGGUUUAAGUUUCCCUGUUGAAAAAAUGAUAUACUGGAUUACUGGUACCAUUUUUUUUUCCUUCCUUUUAAACUUCUGAGUGAAUUUUUUCCUUUAUUAUUAUUUUUUGAACUUUGAUUAAUUCCUUUGCUAGUUGAAUCUGUAAAUCUAUAGUAAAAUUGGCAAUUUAGUUUGUUUUUGCACGCAUUGCAUUGGAACAAUGUCACUCGUAUCUUUGUGUUAAAAUUUUUUGAAUUCCAAAAGAUCCCAGUUUCGUCA